AUUUAUAAUUAUAUUUUUAUUCUUCAUAUAAUAAAAUAUUUAUGAUUUAUUUACCUAGUAAAUAAAUCUUUAAAAAAAAAUUCUAGCCAUAUAUUAUGCAUGUCCGACAUUUUUAAAAAACCUUGGUCAGAUGUAUCACGCUCCUUGAUGAUUUGGAUAAAUAUAAAGUAUUUAAACAAAAUGUUUAAAAGAUGCACACUCACUAGACCGGUUAGAUAUACGUUUAAAUAAUAAACUAGUAUAAUAAGUAUAGGUUUCAUUUUCCAAUGUGGUCUAUUAAAGUAUCAGUUAGCUUUUGUAUUUACAUAACAAUAAGUCGACAGUCUUGUCGGGAGUUUCAACAAAAAAUGGCCGUUUCGUUGUUUGGAAAAUUUAUGAUAUUUGGGAUUAUUUGCAAAGGAUUAAAUGCUUUACAAGUGAAUAUGAAUUCUGACAUCACGGCAGCUAUCGGUGAUACAGAUGUAGAACUCAGAUGUCAGUUUACAACAGAAAACGACGAUUUUGUCAAUCUGAUAUAUUUAACAGCCAGAAAUAAAACAACAGACAGUUACUUCCAUAUAGUAACAUUUUAUCCAGCACAUCGCAACAAAGUGGCAUCUUUAAGCACUGACGGAGAGUAUCUAACUGGUCGUGUUUCACUUACCAACCCAUCAGAUUCUCUCAACGUCGCCAUCAUGUCUUACACGAAUCCAGUACAAUGUGACGAUGACACCGACUAUAGAUGUGAUAUACUUUAUGAUAACAAUGGGCAAUUAGAAACCAUGCCAUCUGAUCCCACAACGUUAACUAUUACAAGUCCUUCAUCAAAGCCAGACAGUGUGACAAUGUAUCCGUCCAAUGGUAUAGCCCACGAUGACUAUGUUUCGUUCAUCUGUGAGGGUAAUGUAGGUAACCCAGCCGGAAAAUUUACCUGGAAAAAACAUCUCGCUGGUGAACACAAUCCCGUUGUUUACAGUGACACCGUGACUAUAUCCACGGAGAUACAAGACAGUUGCAGUUACCAUGGUACCAGUAACUUAACUAUACAGUUAAUAGAGGAUGAUAACGGUGCAACAAUAAGCUGUGUAGAAGAGUCAUACCAGAUAGAGACUAUGAUGAGAAAAACGCCACCAUUAAACAUACAUUAUAAAGUUAGAAACGUUGUGAUAUCAAAAGACCCGGAUGUUGAGACUCAUAUAAGAGACCCAAUGAACCAGAUCAACUUAACAUGUGUCGCCGAUGGUAACCCUGCACCCUUUUAUAACUGGUAUAAAGAACCAGAUUUGGAGACCGUUUUGUCAUCUGGAGAUACGUUCAUCAUCAGGGAAAUGUUAACAAAUAAAACUGGUAUUUAUAGAUGCAAGGCCUACCACUAUAUUAAAGGGGCUAUGUAUAGUGAGGAGCAAAUGGUCAACGUAACUAUAGUUGAAGACCCGAAUAAAAUGCCGUCACGGGGAGAUCCUAACACUAAAAGUGGAAGUACAGUGAUAGUUGUGGUUAUACUGUCUUUACUGGUAGUGAUAACCGUGGUUGUUCUCAGCUUUAUUUACUACCGCAUUAAAAACAAAGAAUCGUCAGACUUAAAACAAGUUUUAUCCAAACUCAAAUGUCAGCAAGUAUUUUCUAGAAUCAAAUGUCCACGGUCGUUCCCAAAAAUCAAAUGCCCACAGUCGUUCCCAAGAGUCCCAUGUCCACAGUUCUUAAGACGAAGAGGAAGUGAUUCAAAAGUUGGUAGCGGUGAGAGUUGGGCGGAAUCUGAUCGAAGUUCUAUCCACACUGAUCACAAUAUAGACCUGUCUCCAGAUUAUUCUACAGUUAUUGAUGAAAACGAUACUAUAGAUACCAGACCUAAGGCACAUCCGAGAAAGAAUCAUUACGAUGACGUAGUUUUGCAAUUGGACGAGAAAUCAAGUCAGCAGAGAAAUGGAACAGUACCAACUUCCGAUGAUCACCUUGACGACGACACAGUGAAAUCAACUGAUGAUUCAAAAUUGUACACAAAUGCAAAACUGGUAGACCAAAACAAAUUAACAAAAUCGACAGACCUGUCUAGAAUAUAUGCCUCUGUCAAUAAGAGACAAAGUGAUAUCAGUCCUCAACAUGUACCGAUUCCUGCAGCACGUUCUAAAAGUCAGCUAAAUAUAGAUCAUAUAGAAUUUGCUGAUGCCGGAGUCAGGAGUAGACCACAUAGCUUCAUUGGAGAAAAUAAAUUAAAUCUCUUCACGAUCGACAUUGAUCAACCAGACACAAGAACAACUACUUGCAAAACCUUCGGAAAAGGCACAAAACAGGCGGAACAAUAUGGCGAUGAUGAUAAACUGCCAGAUCCGCCAUUUAUAUCAGAUACAGAAGACAAUUUAAUGGACAGUGAUGAAACAUUGACCGAAGAAAGAGCAUCAAGAAACGAUGCACUCCAUUCUGAAGACAAUUCAAAAAAUGUUGAGAGAGAAAACAUUCAGUCAAGUUACACAAAUCUUUAUGACAAAACCGAAAACCAGAACGAGACUGGGACUCAAACCGAGACCAUACUGUCGUCGCCAAAGAAAUUCCCUUCUAUCAAACCUCCAAACAUGGACGGUUAUCUAAUCACGGAUAAGCAGAAAGAAAAAGAUUUUUCUAGCGUAUAGAUAGAAAUAUUGAAGAGUAUUUUAUCCUAGUGAUAUUUAAGAGUGUUGGAAGAGGCGUCUUUAGUUGAAAUAAACCACGGUUUCACUAUAUUAAGUGUGCAUAGGCAUUGAACUUCUGUUUUGAAAGUCGUACAUACACAGAUGCAUUCAUGCAAUUAAUACUACAAUUUAACAACGGACCUCGAUGCGUCUGUUUCGGAGGAAACUUACAAAUUUUUCAUUGCUUUUUGUUGUUUAUAAUGUAGACUUUUCUUAAAACUCGAAAAUCUUUUCAAUCUGAAUAUAAAUCAUUUUACAAGAUGGUAACAUAUAGACGAGCAUAUACUUGUUAGCCAUGUCAAUAGCAGACGGGAUACUUUACCUCCAAAUAUUUAGUGUUGUGUUGUAAUGUACACAUAGAUAAUGUUUUUACUUUCAAAAAUCAUAACAAAGUAUUGCAAUUUAAAUAAGUAUCUAACAAAUAAAAAUUCUAAUGAUACAUUGUUUAACAACCAGAUUACCAUUCUGCUAACAAUAAUCUGUCAACGAAAAAUGGACGUCAACAUAUUUUCUUCCAAAUUCCAAAACAUAUUUGAAAGUACUUCUGUUAAAGUUAUAAUACACACUUUGAGACUGUCUCUAAAACAUAAUCAUGAAUUAUAGCGGAAAUCAAAUAUCUAGAGCAUAAAUACGUUACUAAAAGAACGGAAUAUAGAAAUAUUCAAAGCCUGAUUUAUUAUUUAGACCGAUUUUUUUGGUCAGUUGAUAUAUUUGUACACGGAGAGGUUAUACAAUUAUGUGAUAUAUUUUUUCUAUUCAAGAAACAGUAUUAUAUUUACGAAUCAGGGUAUCAAUCAAGUGUUUUCAUUUCAUUGUACAAUAUAUCUUUACUAGUAUAUCAUUUACAUAUUGAUCAAAGACAUUAUACACAGAGGUUGCUAUAUACAAUUGUUGUAACUGUUAUUGGUGAGAAUGUGUGAUGGAUAUGGAAAUGAAUGUUGUAUGCAUUUUGGGUAAUGAAGAUACAAAUGUACCAAGGAAUAAAAUGACUAAAACAUC